UGUGUGCAGGAGCUGGAGCUGGUGGAGGACGUGUGGAGAGGAGAAGCUCAGGACCUGCUCACUCAGAUCGCACAGCUGCAGGAGGAGAACAAAUCGCUCCUCACCAACAUGUCCAUCAAAGACCCGCUGAGUGAGGAGGACCUGCAGAGACAUGAAGCAGGUAUGACUGAGAGAGAGCGGCAGGUGAUGAAGAGGCUUAAAGAAGUGGUGGACAAGCAGAGAGACGAGAUUCGAGCGAAGGACCGCGAGCUCACGCUGAAAAACGAGGACAUAGAAGCACUCCAGCAGCAGCAGUCUCGCCUCAUGAAAAUCAACCACGACCUGCGCCACAAAAUCUCCGUGGUGGAGGCUCAGGGGAAAGCCCUGAUUGAACAGAAGGUGGAACUGGAAGCAGGUGCUCAGGCGCGGGCGCAGGAAGUCAGUGCCCUUCGACAGGAAGUCGCGCGUUUAAAGGAACGACUUCAAGGAGACGCGCCCGCCCAGAACCCCGAGGAAACCGCACCUCAGCCUCCGUCACCUGCAGAGGAGGCGCUUUGUGAGGAGGAGGCAGGAGGUCCGGACCCAAAGGACCCCAAUCGGCCCCGGUUCACCCUGCAGGAGCUGAGGGACGUCCUCCACGAGAGGAACGAGCUCAAGGCCAAAGUCUUCCUGCUGCAGGAGGAGCUGGCCUACUACAAAAGCGAUGAGACAGAAGAUGAGAUUGUCACUCCUUCUCCGUCUCCUUCACCCGAACUGAGGACUCGCUCCCGUUCUUCUGCGCAGCCGGAGUCUGGAAUCAAACGCCUGUUUAGUUUCUUCUCACGUGACAAGCAGCGGAGCUCGCAGCGGAGCGGGCAUUUCGACGCCGGCCUCGGCUCGUGGACGGGGAAGGACGACGUGUACACGGAGGAAGCGCAGGAGGCGUUGCAGCACAUGUAGAGUCGCAGGUCACUGGACAAAACUCUUAACACUCCCAUGUCCGUCACUCCGAGGCCGGCUUGUGAAGCGCUAGAUUGCACACCAAAACCACCACUAGUGACCGAAAGGAUCGAGUUCUGGAGGUGAGACAAGACCAAGAGAUUCGCUUUGUUGAGGCUCCAGCUUAGACAGAAGUUUAUUCAAACAGCGGAGAGUCGUACUGUAUCAUCUCUGCGAGUUUAUGGCACAUACACACCUAAAAAAUGUCAGAAUAUGUUGGAGGAGAGAGAAAAGUUGUAGGACUGGAAGUGGAAAGUUGGUCAGCGGGUGAAAAUGAGGACACAAAUGAAGGCUCGGGACACAAAAGUGUGCUGCACAUUUAUUGCCUAAAAAUGAAAUAACUCAAAAUGUUUGCUAUUUAAUGAAAAACAACGGUUUUACAGCAUAUCAAAUUCCGUACAUAAAUUAAAAAUAAAACACACAAUCACCGCAGUCUGCUUAAAAAUGAGAGCAAAACUUUUGUGUCCCGUUAAUUUAUCUUAAAUUUAUCUCUCCAAAAUAUCUCGCAAGCAGCUCAUCGAUCCAUCACCAGCGCCUUUAAAAAAAGUCAAACUUUGUAGCUCCACAUAUUUAAAGAGUACGGGGCUUUGUGUCUAAAAUGUUGCAUAGAAUCACAAUUUAAAAGAUGUGUGCAGAAAAAUCUAUUAAAAAUGCUUUUCAUUUAAAAUAAACAUCAUGCAAUAUGUUGUAAAUACGGAAGACGUUGCCUGCCAAGAAAAGAAAAAAAUAAAUGCAUAAAAGGUUUAGUUAAAAUAAAAAUACUCUUAAUAACUCGUAAUUUUGACUAGAAAAAUGACUUAAUUGCUAAAAAUUUUGACUUAGUUUCUAAAAUGUUUAACUUAUAAUUUUUACUGAGUGUAAAGGCAUUUACUUAAUUACUAACA